AGUGUUGAUUACCACAACCUAUACGAAGCAGUCCUGCACCCCUUCUGAUCAUGCGUGCACAGAGCUUUUCAGAAGGGACAGUGCAAGCGAACGAACCCGACAUCUGGCGGGUCCGUUUCUUCUUGAUACAGGGCUCGGCGGGGCGUCCUUUCUUCGACCGGGCGUACUUGAAGUUCGGCUCAUCCGGCGCUAAGAUCGUACACUUCUGGGGCUCCGACAAACCGUGGACUCAAGUGUACGACUGGUCCAAGUCGCAGGUGCACCCAUCCCCAGGCUGCCAGCAUAAGCCAGAACACCUGCAGAUGUGGUGGGAUGUGUUCGGCCGCCACGUGCGACCCAAGUUGGCAAGGCACCCGUGUGGCGAUCAAGGCCGCAAGCCGGGACUCGUGUGUCGCGAGGAGAUCUGCGCUCCCUUCGGCAAGGAGGAACAGGCCGCGGCGCCCGACGCCACAAACGCGCGACCCCUUGUGCAGUACUCUCCCCCUCCCUCUCAGAGACACUGGAUGCCUCCGAACCCUGGACCUCCACCCUUCACCUCCUAG